UGACGGGAGGCGGCGAUGGCGGUGGAGGCCUAGCGCGGCCUGUUGGGGGAGGAUGCCGGGCGUGUCGCCCAGUCACCUGCUGCUGGGGGCCCAGGUGGCGCUUCUGGCGGCCGCCGCGCUGCUGCAGGGCCUGUCGGGCUCCGCUUCGCCGAACGGCACGGCCGAACCGUCCGAGGACGAUGGAGAAGAGAUACAGACGGGGAUGGUGCUCGAGUACCGCGACCCGCGGUCCCCGGUCGUCCUCUGCAGCUUCCUGCCAGAUGAAUUUGUUGAAUGUGAUGAUCCAGUGGAUCUUCUUGGAAACACAACAGCAUAUCAGGAACAAGGAUACGGCUGUGUAAAAUUUGGUGGGCAAGCUUAUAAUGAAGUGCAUCAUACCCCAGUACGCUGCACUGCGCUAAAGGAUAUUGAGUGCGCUGGACCACGCACUUUCUUCAGAGGGAACGUACCAUGUAUAAAGUACACCGGACAUUACUUUGUGACAACCUUGCUCUACUCCUUUUUCCUGGGGUGUUUUGGCGUCGACAGGUUUUGCUUGGCGCACACCGGCACUGCAGUCGGGAAACUGCUGACACUCGGAGGGCUUGGGAUAUGGUGGUUUGUGGAUCUCAUUCUACUCAUCACAGGAGGCCUGAUGCCCAGUGAUGGUAGCAACUGGUGCACUUACUACUGAGGACGCACUCAAACUGAAUUCUGUGACGCCUCUAUAGGCUCGAGAAAAGGACAGUGUGCAUCAGGUGCCUAUUUAUCUUGUGAAUCCACCUGCUUAUUUUUGCAGACUCCUGCCUGAAUCCCAGGCCAUAUCCCUUAUGCUUUUGUUUAACCUUCCCUAUUUGAGAAUAGGUUAGACGAUGGACAUCUCUUAUAAACUGGAUUAGUCAGGUAUGUGAGAACCUAUAAUGUUUUUCAUCUAGGUUCCAGCAUCUGCAGUCCUUUGUUUCUUUAGUCAUGUAUAUCAUUUUUACGAAGUCUGUAAAUAAUGUAAAUUUGUAAUCACAUUUUUCUCUACUUGUACUUUUCUGCUUAAUUUUCGCUACGUGAAAUUAAGUGCACCCACACCAAGACAGAUGUCCCUAGAAUUUUUAAGUUAGAAAUUAUGUUUUGCAAUACUUUCAACCUGGUUCUAUUUUUUUGAGGGGUUGUUGUUGCUGCCUGUAUCGUCAGUGAUUUUAACACAGAAAGGUUGUGGAUAAGUUGUGCUGGAAUUAAGGAUGCACAGCAUAUUUAGGGAAGUCGGCACCUGGUCGGAAGCAAGUCUAGACCUGGUGCAAAAUUGUUUUCAGGGCAUUGUGUAAAAAAAAGCUAAAUCAUCUGCAUAAUGUUCACCACCAGAGGGCAUAAUGCCUCAUUAUUUACCAGAUGAAAAAAAAUCCAAUAAAACAUUGACUUUUUAGAAAUA